GAUCAGCGGAACAUCAGAUGGUCUCCGGCUCUGCUCAGUCCACGAGCACCGAUCCGGUUCCGUUGGUCUUCAUCCAGGACGUCAGUAGGCAGAAGAGCUCCUGCGCUCAGGAGCUGCAGGAAAAGACGGAUCCGGGUUUUUCAGAUUCGCCGGAGGUGGAGGCUGAGGUGGUUUUAGAGACGAUCCAGAUCUAUACAGAAGCUGUUGCUGAAGGUGAGCCCACCAGAGAGCUUCCAGCUGAAGAUACGGCCCUUCUAGAAGAAGUUGGGACCAUGGCAGCAGAAACAGUAAUAGAACCAGAAGAACUGGACAAGGGUGGUCCAGAGGGUCUGGAGAUUCUAACAGACGCUCUGUUUAUCUCCUCUCGUUGUGCAGCUCAGAGUGAGGAGCAGCAGAAGGAGCAGGAGAGGCUGAGGAGGAGGGAGCUUUACAAGAAGAAGAGGUUCUUCUGUGAGCUCUGCAACAAAGGGUUCCAUCAGAACCACCAGCUGACCAAACACAUGGCGAGCCAUCGCAAACCUUUCCCCUGCAACUCCUGCGAUAAAGGCUUUUACAAGGCUCAGACGCUGCACAAACACCAGCAGAGCCACCAGCUGAGGGAGGCGCAGGAGCGCGACCCUGACAAGUUGCUGCAGUGCGACCAAUGCAGUAGGAAGUUCCGGCUGCUGCGACAGCUCCGGGUCCACCAGGCCUCGCAUCGGCUGGAGAAGACGCCUCUGAAGUGCCACGCCUGCGAGCGCACCUUCACCUCCGCGGCCGCUCUCAGGUCCCAUGAAGUUUCACACGCCAAAGUGAAGCCGUUCAUGUGCGACGUGUGCGGGAAGAGUUUCACAAGGAAGAAGAGUCUCAGAGAACACCAGACCGUCCACACGGGGGCGCGGCCGUACCCCUGCCAGACCUGCGGCAAGAGGUUCUCCACAAGUGGGAACCUGCGCGUCCACAAGAGGUCGCAUUCGGACGAGCGGCCGUUCAAGUGCACGGAAUGCGACAAGGCUUUCAAAUGCAGGAUGGGGCUGAUCCAGCAUCGAGUCGUCCACUCGGGAGAGAAACCCUUCACCUGCCAUACCUGUGGGCUGAGCUUCGGCCUCAAAUACAACCUGCAGCGACACUUGCACCUCCACAACGGAGAGAAGCCCCACAGAUGCCACCAGUGUGGGGAAGGUUUCUCUGGAACCUGGGCUCUGAAGACCCACAUGCUGGUCCACGGUGUGGAGAAGCCCUUUAUGUGCGACUGCUGCGGGAAAACGUUUUUCUACAACUGUCAGCUGCAGAAACACCAGCAGCUGGUUCAUGGCGACCCAAACAGCCGGCUCUCCAGAGCAGAGAACGGCCGGCGGAGAUCCGGCGGAGCAAAACCGUUCAGCUGUAAAAUGUGUCUGAAGAGCUUCAGCAGCACCAGCACUCUAAGGAUCCACGAGAAGAGCCACCAGCAGAACAAAGAGUUCACCUGCAACACCUGCGGGAAGACCUUCCACCUGGGACACAUGCUACGCUACCACCAACGGCAGCACAGCGGCGACCGGCCGCACGUCUGCUCGUUCUGCAGCAAAGGCUUCCUGCAGGCGUCGCAGCUGAAGCAACACGAGCUGCUGCACACCGGGGUCAAACCUCACCGCUGCGAACAGUGCGGCAAAGAGUUCAGGACCCCUCAGAACUACCACCGCCACCUGCUGGUCCACACCGGAGAGAAGCCGUACCAGUGCAGCGUCUGCAGCCGGAGUUUCAGGCAGUCCAACCAGCUCAAGUCCCACAUGCAGAUCCAUACCGGCAUCAAGUUGUACUCCUGUGACCGCUGCCAUCUGGGCUUCUCCGACUCCCGACAGCUGAAGAAACACAGCUGUGGUGACGACUCCCUGGACACGCUGGAGUCAAGCACCAAAUGCAGGACGCAGACGGAGGUUUUUCCCUGGACACAAUUAGAAACUUCAGAGUUUACAGAAAAUAAUUAAACACUGCAAAUGUUUCAGCCGUCCAGACUUUACUAUAUGGAGACCAAUGUCUGAAUGCAAAUGGAGGACUUCUUGAUUGUUUGGUGCUUUAUCUUGAAACUCAGGGAUGAACUUCAGUUAUGUGUCAUCAGUGUGUCUCCUUCAUGUUUCUGUUGUUUGUCUUUGAAUCAGCUACAUAACCUAAAAUUAUCCAGCACUGAUUGAUCCAUCAGCUGUCCAAAUAAAAACUGAUCCAGGCGUCCAUGUUUGGUUCAAACACGGACCUUCAUGGAGGGAUUUUUGUUCAAAUAUUGUAAAUUGGAAUUUAAAAAGCAAAUACUUUGGA